AUGAUUUCUUCGCCGGAACUUAUUCAACAAGAGUAUGCAACCUUGCUCCGUCUGUCCUGUUCGAAGAUAGUCAACUCUCGACAUCGACGUGGUGGUGUGAAUAUUCACAAGAAUCUUCUUGUUCUUCAAGUUAUCAAACGGGUUCAGGAUGCUAAGUUCAGAUUGGAAGAAAUGGUCCAGGAAGAACUGAAAGCGCGAAAAGCUGACGAAGACGUCAUCUCUCCUCCUCACGAGUUCACUGUUACUGAUUGUGGCGAUUUUUGUGAUGAAUCGAUGGAUGAACCAUUAGAAUUUGGCUCAAUGGCCACUGAAGAUGAAGACAUCGUGCCACAGCCAGUUCCCAAGGAUAUGGAUGAUGCUUUAGCUCGUUUGGGUGAGCGUAAGCGCAAAUUCGAUGACCGAAGUACUCCUCGUCACAAAACUCAACGUGUCGCCGAUCGCGCUGUGCCAGUGCUUCGCCUUCUCAAUACAAGCAAUGUCAAGAAUCUGAAGUAA